GCCUGCCGCAGUGGAGUGAAGUUUGUGUGGGCCACUUAAGGAGGUGCGCCCGCCAGACGGCACAGACUUUCCCAGUGUAGAAUCAGCGAGAUGAAGAGCAGCGUCGACCCGUCAUCAUGUGCUCCAGGCUCCCAAGGACCGCCUGCCUGCUGCGACUCAUUGCGCUCUGCAUCCUCCUCUCGCACACUGCAGCAUAUUUCGGGCUGACAGGCCGGGAACCCUUGGUCUUAAUGCCUGCCCCCUUCGCUAAUGAACCGCCAACGGGAAAGGCUCACCUGAAGCAAUGCGAGCAGAUGACCCUGACCCGUAAGCAGAAACGACUGUGUCGCCGCGAGCCAGGUUUGGCGGAGACGCUGCGUGAGUCAGUGCGACUCAGCCUCUUGGAGUGCCGCUAUCAAUUCCGGAACGAGCGCUGGAACUGUAGCCUGGACGGCCGCGGGAGUCUUCUAAAAAGAGGCUUCAAGGAGACAGCUUUUCUUCUUGCAGUGUCUUCAGCGGCAUUGUCGCACGCGCUAGCGAAGGCCUGUAGCUCUGGUCGAAUGGAGAGGUGCACAUGCGAUGACUCCCCCGGCAUACAGCACCGCGAGGCCUGGCAGUGGGGGGUCUGCGGGGACAACCUGAAAUACAGCACCAAAUUUCUCAAGAAGUUCCUGGGCCAGAAGAAGGUCAGCAAAGACCUGAGGGCGCAGAUCGACUCCCACAACAUCAACGUUGGAAUCCGGGCGGUGAAGAGCGGCCUGAAGACUACCUGCAAGUGUCACGGUGUCUCCGGUUCCUGUGCUGUGCGAACCUGCUGGAAGCAGUUGUCCCCGUUCCACGACACCGGGCGCCUGCUCAAGUUCCGCUACGACACGGCGGCACGCGUCCUGAGCGUCACCAACGUGGCCACCGGGGAGACGGAGCUAGCGGGGUCCCGGCGCCAUGGCCAGAGCCCCCGCCCCACCGACCUGGUGUUCCUGGAGGACUCCCCCAGCUUCUGCAGGCCUUCGCGCUACUCCCCCGGCACAGCCGGGCGCUCCUGCGCCAAGGACACCAGCUGCCAGAGCCUGUGCUGCGGGCGCGGUUACAACACGGCCGUGCACCUCACCAGCCUGUCCUGCCACUGCCAGGUGCGCUGGUGCUGCCAUGUGGAGUGUCAAACCUGCGUCAGGGAGGAGGAAGUGUACACGUGCAAGAAACACUGAAAUGGGUGUGAGGCUGAGAGCAAAAACGGCAACAUACUGAGAGGACAUUUGAAUCAGCGGGACUGGAGCCACUAGGAGGGACAUAACUAAAUUAUGGGGUGUGACUUUUAAACAUGCCCUUCCGAACUCUGAACUGUUCUUGGAGGCAUGGAGAUGGAACACGAUGAUGUACUGUUGUUUGCCACUUUUCUGGACUUGAACAUGGGCUUCCUCCUCAGAUGAGGCGGUGUCAUGACCACGUUCCGCUUUGCUCCAGCUGAAUGCACUGAAAUCACAGACCUUAAGUGAGCAGAGGCUUGGCCUGUCGGACAGUCAGAUUAUGGGAAGUGAAUGACGACAUCAUCUGGAUGUGAGCCAUGACCGUUCAAGUGGUCCUGUCCUCUUAUCUGUCUGUUCUUUAAUGAGUUAGUCUAACUACUACUUUAUGGUGUAGAGUUUAUAUCAAGAUUCAGAGCAUUUCCAAAGCAGCACAAAAUGCCAAAAAGGAGUUUAGUCCCCGUUGCCUGUCUGUCGGCCUGUCUGUCAGUCUGUCUGUCAGCCUGUCUGUGUCACUAUCUGUCUGCCUGUUUUCCUGCAUGUUUGUCCGUCUGUCUAACAUCUGGCGGUCUGUCAGCCUGCCUGUCUUUCUGUCUGUCUCAUUUUCACUGUGAUUGUCUCUUUAUUUUCUGUGAGAGCCAUCUAAGGGUUUGUUUAUUCUCAUGGAAAAAUGAAGCACUUAUGUCAGCUAUGUUAUUAUAGUACUUUAUGCCUAUGCUUUGAGGUGAGAAACAAAUCUUAGUCAUCGCUGAUAUCCACUAACCACCUUGAAAAAAAAGUCUAAUUAAAUCACUGGAUGUCUGAACAUGGAAUGUUAGUACAGCUUGCCUAUAAUCAGAACUAGUUAGUAUGUCUUUUAUUACUCGGUGCAGUCAUAAGGUUACUGUGUGGUAAAAUAGACCUGUUGCCUCUUGUGGGAAUAUAUACCAUAUGCUACUGUUCAUGUUUUACAUUUAUAUAUGGGGUUUCGAAAACAUUCAAAGGAAAUGCACUCAAACUAAAGGAAAAACCGAACAGAGUCCAUGAAAACAAUGUUGUAAAGAGCGCACCAAUCAUUUGCUCUAUUUUGGAUUUGUAAGUGGGAUAUGUCUGCCCAUACUGUUCGGUGCUUUCAACUGUGUGACCAAAUCAAACAGUUUUCUAAUCCAGGCACAUCCUUGUUUCCUGAUACCUAUGAAAUGGCCCAAUCAUGUUGCUUAUUUUCUCAAUAACCAAUCACAGAAAAUAGCAGUGUUUUACUGAGUCAUUCCUCCAGACCUCUCUGUGUGUCUGUGGGUUAGUGUUGUAGGUGUAUGUCUGCCUCAAGGGGCCUGUAGACACCUAUUUAUGUUUAAAAUGUGUGUAUAAUCCUUUCAGUUCCCAGUGCCAGUGUAUAUUGUGUGUUAAUGUAGAGGUAUGCAGUUAAAGCACAUGGAUAUAACUGAUGUCAGGUCUCACAGUGGUCAGUAGAAUCUUAUCUCUACCUCAUCUGGUCUUUGGGCAACUAUCAUAAUGAUUUAUUUGCCUUGCAAAUAGUCCUUAGUGUUUGUCAUGAAACUAAGUCAAAUUUAUAGAUCAUUGUACCAUUCCUUAACUGGGUCAUAUACUGUAACGCUCUUCUUUUUUUUUUUACAU